AUGGGUUUCCGAACUUUAUUCCUCUUCAAACUCCCCCCGAUUCCAACCCUCCUACGACUUCAGCUACAGACCUACACACCUACACGUAGCAAAGCUAUGGCUGUUGCACAGUCCUCCAUUCCAGCCAGGUGUAAGGCAGACUUCUGUAUUCACCCUAUCGGGACUGUAUCCCCAUCAAUUUCCACUUAUAUCGACAAAAUUGAGACCCUCGUGAAGGAGAGCGGCCUGCAGUAUACGGUUCACGAUACCGGCACGACGAUCGAAGGGAGCUGGACGGAUGUAAUGAACUUGAUUGGCAGAGCUCAUGCUGAGAUGCACGAUCAAGGCGUGCAGAGAGCUCAUUCCGAUGACAGACAAAGGCUGAGCGCUUUCCGAAGGGUCGUUGGGCUCAGUCAACGGGAAAGAGAGGGACGCCAAGCGCAAAAGUGCGAAGUUCUGCAUCCGUGCCACGCUUUGGGCAACAGCUCGGGCGUCUUCUCGAUCGCAUGGGCAGAGAAAACGCACCCGCACCUAUUCCGUACGCUGCUACUCGAAGACCCUCGCAUCAUCACGCUGUUCUACCCGACCCUGCCGCCAAGACCGCUGGACGCACUGAAAUUUCUCAUGAAACACCCGAUCUCAUUCUUCCCUGUGUCAUACUACGGUGCCACGACUAUUGGGCCCGCGAUGGCGUGCGCGCAGCAGUACGACGACCCGGAACGCACAGUCAACAUUUUCGGCAAGGGCGUGUUGGCCGCGCGGUUCUGGAAGAGGUCCACUGAUGAUAAUCCGCAGAGGAAGCAACAGAUGAAGGACAAUGCAGCAUGGUUGCACAAUUUUUUCCGCUCUGGAGCUAUGCCCGCGUUUCCACCAGAAGAGGCCGCGAAAAUUAAGGUGCCGACUCUGGUGUCGACGGGGACGGACGGACCGUGA